GUUCGGGUGUUCACCUUCUCGGUCGGUCAGCACAAUUAUGACGUCACCCCCCUGCAGUGGAUGGCGUGUGCUAAUAAAGGUUACUAUUUUGAAAUCCCGUCUAUCGGAGCCAUUCGGAUAAACACUCAGGAAUAUCUCGAUGUUCUCGGACGUCCGAUGGUUCUCGCCGGGAAUGAGGCCAAGCAGGUUCAGUGGACCAACGUUUAUCAAGACGCCUUGGGACUGGGCUUGGUGGUGACGGGAACACUCCCGGUGUUUAAUCUGACGACAGACGACUCCGGGAAUCCGGGAAAGGUGAGACGUCAUUGUAUCUUUCAUGGACUUUAUCUCGUAUGUACAAGGACAGGAAACGGGGGAGAGAGAAGCAGAAGAUGGAGCUUGGGUGCCAAUGGAUACAUGUUUGCCAUCGACCUGAACGGAUAUGUUCUGCUCCACCCAAACCUGAAGCCGCAGGUCAUCAGCUUCCAGGAGCCGGUGACUCUGGACUUCCUGGACGCCGAGUUGGAGGAUGAGAAUAAGGAGGAGAUCCGACGGAGGAUGAUUGACGGGUUGGAGGGACAUCAGCACAUCCGGACCCUGGUGAAGUCGUUGGAUGAGAGAUACAUUGAUGAAGCUGAUCGGACGUACACAUACGCACCAAUUCACAGUACAAAUUACAGCCUGGGUCUGGUUUUACCUCUGUACAGCUCCUAUUACCUGCGUGCUAAUCUCAGUGAUCAGAUCCUCCAGGUGCAGUAUCCAAACAAGAAAACUAAGGAUUUUGAGUCUUUGAUGCCCAACACGUUUGAGUCUGAGGGCCGGGUGUUCAUUGCUCCGAGGUAUGGUGACAGUUUCCUGCUACACAACCUCAUCCUGGACACGGGAAUAACACGGGAUUUGGCCGACCGUGUUUGGAGGGACAAAGAUCUUCUCACUUACGGGCUUCUGGCGGUGUACGCGGCGACGGAUGGCGGCAUCACCCGAGUUUUCCCCAACAAAGCUGCUGAUGACUGGUUGGAGGACAUGGAGCCUCACAAUGCCACCUUCUACCGAAGAAGUCUCGACAACAAGGGCUACAUCUUCCGAGCACCCUACAGAGAACCUGGCUAUCGGCCCUCCGAUCUGGAGAAUAUUACGGUGGGAAUUCUGGUCAGCACAGCCGUAGACCUGGAGACGGACGGCAGGAGACUUAAACCAGCUGUUGUCGGAGUGAAGCUGGACCUGGAAGCCUGGGUGGAAAAGUUCAAAGUUCUGGCCAGUAACCAGUCCGAGUCCAAUCCGCAAGGACCACGCAAGUGCAGUCCCUCGGCAAGCUGCGAGAUGGAUUGCGACAUCAACAAUGAGGAUCUGCUGUGCGUCCUGAUUGAUGACGGCGGAUUCCUCGUCAUGUCCAACCAGCAGGACCACUGGUCCCAGGUGGGGAAGUUCUUCAGCGAGGUGGAUCCGAAUCUCAUGUCCGCCCUGUACAACAGUUCCUUCUUCACACGGAAGGAAUCCUACGACUACCAGUCACUGUGCGCCCCCAAAACAGAGAGCAACAAAGGCUCCGCCCCCCGAGGGAUCUUCGUGCCAACGAUUGCCGACAUGCUGAACCUGGCCUGGUUGUCAUCGGCAGCUGCUUGGUCCGUGUUUCAGUCUCUCAUCUACAGCCUGACGUACAGCACUUGGAUGCAGGCAGAUGACAUCAUGGCGGAGGGGAUGGAGCCGCGGGAGGCCAGUUGCAUCAUGAAGCAGACGCAGUAUUACUUCAGCAACAUCAACGCCACGUACUCGGCCGUCAUUGACUGCGGGCCCUGCUCCCGGUACUUUCACGCCCAGCGACUGUCGAACACCAACCUGCUGUUUGUGGUGGCAGAGAAGCUGAUGUGCAGCCAAUGUGACAUCAUGAAGAUGGAUCAAGCGGAGACGCGUUCGGAGGGUCCGGAGCAGUGCGAGCUGGUGGAGAUGCCUCGAUACCGGAAAGGUCCUCAUGUCUGCUUCGACUACAACCAGAUGGAGGACACGUCAGACUGCGGCAGAGGCUCCAUGUUCCGGCCGUCUUGGCUCCUGCUGGUCUUUCUUCAGUCGCUCCUCCUGUGCCUGGCUUCCGGCUCCACGUCGUCCACCGCCGGCAGGGGGCUCUAGACCAGCCCCCGCUUCCUCCCUCCUUCCUGAGGCCGCUUCUCGAUGAGUGGCGUGGUUACCAUGACAACCAGGCGAGCGCCACUCCGGCGCAUUUGGGCCGAGUUACCACGACAACCACCGCUUGUUAUGGAUGAUGAUCUUACUGUGACAACAAGGAGACCUUUUUAGCGUCAUCGGGAAUUUUUCCAAGGCAACCCCGGGGGAGAACCGCAUCACGGCUUUGUAGCAGCACUUAACCCGUCGGCAAGAACUUCCUGCCGUGUCCGUCGUGGGCCACUUCUAGGAUCUCUUGUUCCCUGUCCAUCCGUCUCGUCGGUUUUCCCCGUUUUGCUGUCUCCACAUCUGGUCUCUGAGGUGAUGUCGCCGCGUCAUCCGCGAUGUUCUGACCUUGGCCUCCAUCUUUCUGUACAGCUCCAGUAACACGCUAAAGGUCAACAUCGCGAUGGCAUUCUGUACAUCCAUCACCAAGUCAUCAUGGUUUCAUCAUACCAUCGUCAUACCGAGUGGAAGUUCAUCUCCCCGCGUUGGAUCACGCAUGCGGCCAAAGUCACUGGGAGGAG